CGUCUACUUGCGGGCCCGGAUCCCUCUUCAACCUUCUGCUUUCUGGAGGGGCACCUUCAACCAGCUCCGCGGUGCACUGAUAGUGGCUCUAUUACCUCAAAAGUCUUAGUUUGGAUCCAGACACUAUCAAACACAAUGUCUUUUCUAACCAUCAGCCGGAUAGCACCUAAGCUUCUCAAUUCAAAGAAUGCCACAUCUGCCCUGGUGGCUGCCAGACAUGCCAGCGCAGCAACUAAUCUGAAGGAUAUUAUGGCAGACCUUAUCCCCAAAGAACAGACCCGGAUCAAGAACUUCAAACAGCAAUACGGAAAAACCAACAUUGGCCAAAUCACUGUUGAUAUGGUGUAUGGCGGUAUGAGGGGAAUGAAGGGGCUGGUGUAUGAGACGUCUGUGCUGGAUCCAGAUGAGGGAAUCCGGUUCCGUGGCUACAGCAUUCCAGAGUGUCAGGGUCUGCUGCCCAAGGCCCCAGGAGGGCAGGAGCCACUGCCUGAAGGUCUCUUCUGGCUGCUGAUCACAGGACAGGUGCCCACCGAAGAACAGGUCAGCUGGCUGUCCAAAGAAUGGGCGAAAAGAGCUGCUCUCCCCUCGCAUGUGGUCACCAUGUUGGACAACUUCCCCACCAACCUGCACCCCAUGUCUCAGUUCAGCGCAGCCAUCACAGCGCUCAACAGCGAGAGUGGCUUUGCACGGGCCUACUCCGAGGGGGUCCACAAGUCCAAGUACUGGGAGUUUGUCUAUGAGGACUCCAUGGACCUGAUUGCCAAGCUGCCCUGCGUCGCAGCCAAGAUCUACCGCAACUUGUACCGCGAGGGCAGCAGCAUCGGAGCCAUCGACUCCAACCUGGACUGGUCCCACAACUUCACCAACAUGCUCGGCUACAGCGACGCCCAGUUCACUGAGCUAAUGAGGCUGUACCUCACCAUUCACAGUGACCACGAGGGAGGCAAUGUCAGUGCCCACACCAGCCACUUGGUGGGCAGUGCUCUGUCUGACCCCUACCUGUCCUUCAGCGCAGCCAUGAACGGCCUGGCGGGACCUCUGCACGGACUGGCCAACCAGGAGGUGCUGGUGUGGCUGACUGCGCUGCAGAAAGAGCUGGGUGGAGAGGUGUCCGAUGAGAGAAUGAGAGACUACAUCUGGAACACACUCAAGUCUGGCAGGGUGGUGCCUGGCUAUGGCCACGCUGUGCUGAGGAAGACCGACCCACGUUAUACCUGCCAGCAGGAGUUUGCCCUGAAACACCUGCCCAAUGAUCCCCUGUUCAAGAUGGUGGCCCAGCUCUACAAGAUUGUUCCCAACGUGCUGCUGGAGCAGGGCAAGGCCAAGAACCCAUGGCCUAAUGUGGACGCCCAUAGUGGGGUGCUCCUGCAGUACUACGGCAUGACGGAGAUGAAUUACUACACAGUGCUGUUUGGCGUGUCCCGCGCCCUGGGCGUGCUGGCCCAGCUGGUGUGGAGCCGAGCGCUGGGCUUCCCCCUGGAGCGCCCCAAGUCCAUGAGCACAGAGGGACUCAUGAGUCUGGUGGGGACCAAGUCGGGCUGAUCGCACCCGCUGAGAUGGAGGGGAGGAGAGGGUGGGGGGUGGCGGUUGUAAAGGGAGAGGAAAAGUAUAUUAAAUGUAAAAUAAGUUUACUGCUGUCCUUCUCACCACCAAGGGGAAAGGGAUUCAAAGAGGCGGUGAACUGUAAAGGUCCUUUCACACAUGAGGUAAAUUCAAAUUGUCAUGCACUUUGGUGUAGAAGUCAGUCGAGUUUGCUCAACAUACUUUCUCAUUUGGAAAAUUAGAAGAAAAUGCACCAUUUUCAUUAUGGGCUCAUGUGCGUACCAUCACACGGCUGCUGGGAUUGCUUACAAUUGACCCCAAGCAUGGCAUUUGAAUUUGACUCCAAAUCGAAGAUGACUGAGGCAUUGAUUGGAACUUAAUGGGUUGAAACGCUUUGAGUUGUUUGCAGAAAAUGUAAAAAUUAUGAUCAAAAAGAAAAUGCCCCUCGCAGAAACACAUUCUUUGUCUUCUAUGCAAUCUCCCCAAAGGUCCUUCUGCCCAGGCUAUUGGUAGACCUCACUCCCAAUAUGAACACUCCAGUUGAGGUUAAAGGCCCUUCCCAAACCAUAGAGUAAAUCCAUGCGUAAUGAAACCUUUAGAUUUAUCCAGACAUAAAACACAAUUAGUAAAAAAGCUCUUGGUAUCCCCUUUCUCUCUGAACUAGUGUGUUCUUAUGACCACUUUCACCUCUAUGAUCAAAAUAACUAGAUCUUGUCUUCAUUUUACAAUGGGCUUUGUGCUUGGUGGUUGCUCUGAAGAGCAGUACAGAGUACCAAAGAAACCUGAUGGUGUACAGAAACAGUGACAUUAGAUAUUACAGUAGAGGUGUUUUUAAUGUGCUUAUGGUUGAUGCUUAAGAGCAAGCUUGAAUACAUGUGGGGUGGGUGGGUCCGUCUUUUCUCUUUGCAGGUGUAUGAUUGUAACGUUAUCCCCAGCCAACUACUCCAAAAUGAGCACUUGCUAGUUUGGAAUCCCUCAUUUAUAGCAGUAGACUCCCCAGAUUGAUUAAGUGUCCUUUUGUAUGGAGUUUUAUUUUGGGUGUUAAAUAUGUAUAAAACGAUAGUCUGUGGGUUUGCAAUGUGGUUUUAUUUAUACACUAUGUACAUAGGUAUAUAUAUAUAUAUAUAAAUGUAUAGCUUGAAUGUAUGAGCUCUACGUCAAACAUGUUGCUCCUAUAACCACAAUUACCAAGUAGAAGAACAACCUUGUGUUCCAAUCUCACUCGUCGCUGAAAGUGUGACCUGCUUUCCGAAAAUUCUCCCGUUGAUCUAAAAUUCACUGCGUCUAACCUGUGUAUAUAAGUGAUUUUUGCCUAGUUGUAUGGGCUUAGCUGGUGCAGGUGUUAGUUUUGAAUGUUUCAAGCUUGCUCUUUUGUCUGAGGUCUGUUCAGUUUCUAUCGUUUGUAGACACUCCAUUUUGUGUGUAGUAACGGCUUACUAGUCUGUACAUGUUGCUCAUUCACUUGCAGAAUUUUUAAUUUCUAUGGCUUCCUCCCCUUGCUCAGUUUCUGAUUUUGUUCUCUUCCAUAUGCUUAGUGUAUGAGGAUGUUAUUUUGAUCGUAGAGAGUGUAACGGUUGUGUGCGGUAGCUGGGAUGUAUUCACUGAGGAAAGAAUCACAACAGGAACAAACUGGGAUAGGUCAGAUGGGCAAGAGCUGCCCUGACUGAACAAAUAUCCGAAAACCUAACAAAAAUAGAAAAAACAAUAAAAGUUUUUAUUAACAAA